UCAAUCGGAGGUAGGAAAAGACGUAAACAACCAAACACCGGCCACCAGUCAUGUUACUGUCCAAACUUCGCUGUUUGUGCACAGUAGGGCAAUUGAAUCGAGCAGCAAUUGCAUGUUAUCAUUCCAAGAAAGGCGUGUUUGGAUACAAACCAUUGAAGAAACAUGAUUUGACAGAUAUCAGCCAGAAUGUGAUUUCAAACCGAGCACAGAAUGCCAAUGUUUACCGGAUGGUGGAAGCAUACAGAAAGUAUGGUCAUAGACAAGCCAUGUUGGACCCUCUCUGUCUGCAGACUGUCGAGAAUGUUCCUGAGCUGUGUCCCUCCAAGUACGGUUUGUCAGUCGACAGUCAGAACAGAUUCUCCACGGAGGGCAUCCUACAUACUGACCAGGCUACAAUGACCCUUUCCGAGCUGGUCAGGUUUCUGGACCAGGAGUAUUGUGGACACAUGGCUGUAGAAUUUGACCAUCUGGAGACAGAGGAAGAGCGUAAUUGGUUUGCAGAAGCAUUUGAAUCAAAACGAAACAAGGAAUUCUCCCCUGAUGAGAAGAUUUCCUUAGCAACACUUAUGAUGAGAUGCCAGGCAUUUGACCAUUUCCUGGCCAACAAGUUUACAACAGUGAAGAGAUACGGGGGAGAAGGUGGUGAAAGUAUGAUGGGAAUGUUUAAAGAGAUUUUCCAGAAGAGCUCAGAGAGUGGAAUCUCUGAUAUAGUAGUAUGUAUGCCCCACAGAGGACGACUGAACUUCCUGACCUGUAUGUUACAGUUUCCACCUGUUAUCAUGUACCAGAAGAUGAAAGGGAUGACAGAACUUCCCCCAGGUGCCAAAGGGACUGGGGAUGUACUCUCUCAUUUAUAUACAUCUGUUGAUCUGAAAUAUGGCAGUGAAAAUGUCCAUGUGUCUCUGAUUCCAAAUCCCUCCCAUUUAGAGGCUAACAACCCAGUAGCUGCAGGGAAGGUAAGAGCCAAACAACAGACCCUGAGAGAGGGAGACUACUGUCACGGGGAGGACACAUCCCCAGGGGACAAGGUGCUUUGUCUACAGGUUCAUGGAGACGCAUCUUUUUCUGCUCAGGGAGUUGUGGCUGAAACGUUUGUGUUUGCUGAAUGUCCUCACUUCAGAGUUGGAGGAAGUGUGCAUCUAAUCAUCAACAACCAGGUUGGAUUUACUACGGAGGCAGAACGAGGCAGGUCCUCAAGGUAUUGCAGUGACUUGGCCAAAAUGAACAGUUACCCUAUCAUUCACGUUAAUGCUGAUUCUCCCGAGGAUGUAAUGAGAGCCACAGCUAUAGCCAUGGAUUAUAGGAACAAAUUCCGUAAGGAUGUCAUAAUUGACUUCAUAUGUUUCCGGAAGUAUGGACACAAUGAGAUAGAUGAUCCAUCUUUUACCCAGCCUACCAUGUAUCGGACCAUCAACAGCCGUACCAGUAUACCAGACAUGUAUGCCAGCAAACUUGUGGAUGAAGGUGUGUGUGGGCGGGAGGUGCUGGACAAGGCUAUCCAGGAGUGGUCAGCGUCUUUGGCCAAAGACAUGAGUACAGUAGACACACACGUUCCACAGCAGCGACAUCUUCAGCAACAGUGGUCUGGGCUGGUCCAGGCAUCUGAUUCUGUGACAACAUGGGACACCGGUGUGGAACAAGACAUCCUCAAAUUUGUUGGAGCCAAAUCAGUGGAUAUACCACAGGACCAGAAUGUGCACCCCACCAUACAGAAGACCCAUGUAGAGCGACGGAUACAAAGGGUAACUGAGGGGCGUGACCUCGACUGGGCAACUGCUGAGGCUCUCGCAUUUGGUUCUCUCAUGUACCAAGGCUUUAAUGUGCGGAUCAGUGGACAGGAUGUUGGACGUGGUACGUUUAGUCACCGACACGGGAUGAUCGUGGACCAGGAGACAGAUGACAUUGUUAUCCCCCUAAACCACAUGUCUGACCAGCAGACAGGCUUCAUGGAGGUUGCCAACAGUGCCCUGACUGAGGAGGCGGUCCUUGGCUUUGAGUAUGGAAUGAGUCUUGAGAACCCAAACAAUCUGGUUAUCUGGGAGGCCCAGUUUGGAGAUUUCUUUAAUGGAGCUCAGAUCAUCAUUGACACUUACAUUGCCAGUGGAGAGGACAAGUGGUUGUUACAGUCUGGUCUUGUUAUGUUACUACCACAUGGUAUGGAUGGAGCCGGACCAGAACACUCGUCUUGUCGUAUGGAAAGGUUCCUACAGAUGUGUGACAGUAGUGAACACAAGGUGGACAGUGACCAUGUCAACCUCCAGGUAGCCAAUCCUACAACUUCGGCCCAGUACUUCCACCUGCUGAGGAGACAGAUGGUGCGUAACUUCCGUAAGCCCCUCGUUGUGGUAGCCCCGAAGGUUCUGCUCCGUCUGUCAGCUGCCACAUCCUCCCUAUCAGACAUGGCACCAGGUACUAGCUUUAAACCUGUCCUUGGUGAUCCUGGGGUCAAAGGCGACAAGGUCACGAAGGUUAUAUUCUGUACAGGCAAGCAUUUCUACAACCUCAAGAAAGAGAGGGAGAGUAGAAAUCUCCAGGACUCCGCUAUUGUAAGGCUGGAGAGUCUAUGUCCAUUUCCUACAGCAGAACUACAGACAGAACUUCUUAAGUUUCCAAGUGCUACAGAUUUUGUGUGGAGUCAGGAGGAACAUCGUAACAUGGGAGCCUGGACAUUUGUCUCUCCUAGGUUUGAAAACCUUGUAGGACGUAAGCUACGGUAUGUUGGUCGCGACCACUUGAGCUGUCCAGCCACGGGGAUUGGGGAGGUACACCGGGCAGAAGUACAACAACUGAUGCUGGAUACCUUCAGCUGACCAUGUCCAUGAUCUAUUAACUGCUGUAUGACUGGUUCUUCUGUAUGUGAGGAAAUUACUCAGACUUAUUACUGCAAACUUGCAAACAAAUUGACUGCUACCAUCUUAAAGGUGGAAACCCUUGAAACUGUCUGUAAGAUAUAAAUUGAUGAAUCUGUUACAAAAAAAAAUCAAUGAAACUCAUUGUAACGGACACCGGGACACAAUCCCCAACCUAAGUUCAUAUCUAUGUAGUAUAUGUAUCAUACAUAUAUGGAUCGUGGUUUGGGUGCAUUUUUGGUAGUAACCAGGACAGGCUUAUGAUUUCAUGAAGUUUCUGUUGUAACAGAAAUUAGUAACAUUCAUAUUUUAUGAAGAAAUAUUUGCAUUUUUGUUUUUUUUUUUGUAAGGAAAUUAACAAUAUCUUGUUUACAUGGUGAUUACUUAUACAUUACAAUCAGUUUGUCACAACUUCUGUAAUAUGUACAUUUGAUUUCAGUUAUGUAGUACAGAAUGUAUGUAGUCCAUUAAUGCAGCAUUAUGUUAGUAUUUGUUACAUGUAUUAGAAAUGAUAUGGUGUAUUGUCAAUUUCUUUUAUAGGGAAAAAAUCACAUUUUAUUGAAGCAUUACAAGCAGAACUUAUUAAGUUUUACUCAGAAAGUUAUUGCUUACUUAAGAAAUUGGUUUUAUAAAAAAUCUCGCUUCUCAAAUAUAUACAGUAUUCUGUGAUGGUCUUCAGGAUUGUGAAAUCAGUAUUCGCUAGAUAAUAAUCUGAGUUGUGAUAACAGUACUGUGAUACUUUUGUUUCUUCAAAGUAUUUUGGGAAUAUUUUUAGUCUUAAAAUCCAUUGAUAACCACCUAUGCCUUGUGGCAUGGUCCAAGUAUUAUUUCAGUAAAAUAAUUAUACUGCAGCAUGUUUUCCCUUAAUUUUGAUUUAUUUCCAGCUCCCUGUUGUUUUCUUUUAACUAUAUGCAUUAAUUUCGUAUUUCAUGUGUGAAAUCCUCUGGUAACAGAUUAAAUGCAUACAUUUUUUUCUGAAAUUUAUUACAUUUCAAACUAUUUGCUCAGUCUAACAUAUAGCAAUUACGAAAAUGUAUAUAUUUUGAAAUUAAACAGGAAAAUUGAGACAAAGUCCGUUCCACGGGAAGUGGGUUAUUCAAUUGAGUGCUUUGUUUUGGUGUGGAUACUCAAGGUAUGUAGGGCGAUUAAUGAAAUAUAUAAAUAUAUACAGAAGGAAUUAAUCACGACAAGCUCAAGUACGUAUCGUUACCAAUUAAGUUAGAUACUAA